AUGCCUUCCACCAGCCAGAUUCUCUCCGCCCUUGCCGUCACGGCUAUUGCCGGCGUUCAGGCCGCCAUGGGGCCAGCCUUCAGCACCGGCCCAGUCGCCUCCGACUCGUUCAUCCGCGAGGCGACCUCGACCCUGGUCCUCCCUGCCGCCCCUGCCAACAACAAGGGCAGCGCCUCCCUCUGGGUUGGUAUGGGCACCUCCAACGGUGACCUGAUCCAGUCCAUUGCCGACAACUCCAACUACGACAACACCGGUACCGACAAGUGGUCCAUCUUCGGCUACACUCUCCUGAAGACUGGCGACAACUCUCAGAUGCCCGUCCAGACUGACGGCACUGACGCCUCGGAAGGCGACAAAAUCACCAUGCACUACAAGUUCGAUGAUGCUUCCCAGAACUACACCCAAACCGUCUCCAUCAACGGCAAGGUCGUCGCCACCCUGUCCACCAAGGACGGUGAGGCCCAAGGCUGGGGAAGCGCUGUUGAGUGCGCCGCCGAGGACUGCGGUACCAUUGGUGCUCACUCCUGGAUCAACACCAAGAUCAUCCUCGACAAGGAGGACCCCAACUACAUCAGCACCCUCGGCAAGGGCCAAGGCGUUACCGGCGACAUGUCAACCAGUGACGGUGGCAAGACCUGGACCGUCACCACCAUCGACAUCCCCGAGCAUACUUUUGGCCAAUAA